UUGCGUUUCGCUUCCCAUUCUCCGCCUCCUCCUCCCGCUCUUGGUGCUUUGAUUCCAUGUCCACUGUUGCGGUCGCCUUGCCAUUCGCUUCGUACCAGUUCCGUUUUCUCCUCGAUAGUAGCGCGCCACUUAGGCUGAGUGUGAUUCCCUUGGCUUCUUUUCCCUGUUUAUUGUCUGCCGCCACGUAGGUUUCUUCAACCAUGCGGAUUUUCUUACACGUUGCGACGUCAGCACCUUUAGACAGCUGAGCCGGCUGUUCUCCAGUGAUCUUACAACGCGUAUCCCGUAGUCUGCGAAGGGCGGUAGAGAUAGUAGAAUCUGGAACUGGAAGUAUUGGGGAUGUCGGAGAUGUGGUAACCCUGGUAACCCUAAUUGCUGUCUCGUCGUGUAAGUUCUUCUGAGCGUCGAUGCCACGUGGCGAAAUCCCUGCAGGAAGCGCAUCUUUCCCCGUCCGCUCUCUCCAAUCAGCACCGUCGAAUAGUAGAGCCGUUCGUGGCGAAGGGACUGGUGAAAUGAUUGGCGAAAUGGUUGGCGAAGAUAAACCCUCCACCAUCAUCAGCGAAGGUUUCGGGUGCGUAUUGCGUUCCCUUUCAACAUGUGGCAUGACUGUAUUGGAGCCAAAUUCGAACCUCCGCUCGUUACAAGCACCUCUGGCAGGAGCACCUCCAGGGUUCUUGACAGUCCUCCUCUGCUGCAGCACCAACAGGCGAAGCCGUUGCUCCAGGGACGGGCGAGGCGAGAGGGGCAGGACGGGGAGGGGAGAGAGGGGGAGGCUCGGGAAGGGAGGAGGCAGGAGCUCUGGGCCGGAAGCAGGGAGGACAUUGGGAGUCGCCUCGUGAAAUAAGUGGACGGUUUGCGGAGAGGGAAUGCUAACUGCCGGGGGAGAUGUUGGUGGAUUUUGGGGAGGAGGAGGCGGGAUGAUGAGCGAGAGACGAGGGGCGGUGAUGUGUGCCGCUGGACAUGGCGACUGUCCCCCUCUCUCGCCAUGUUUAGAAUGCAAAUCGGCCCGCUCCGGAGCUGAGUUCUCCGGAGCUGAGUUUGCAGAGGCUGAGCUCUCCGAAGCUGAAUUUGGCGAAGCUGAUCUGUCCGACGUUGAGUUCGCCGAAGCUGAGCUCUCCGAAGCCGAGUUAUCCGCACCUGUGCUGCGGAAUGCUGCUGGCCAUUUAUCCUGUGGGCUGUCACUUCCAGUGCACAAUGUGGGCUCGGCAGCUGUGCCGCCUUGAGAUGUCCAAGUCAUCGGCGUUGUUUCAAUGUCGGGCCAGGAGCCAUUACCACUGACGCUACUAACGCAGAUAUGGUGUACAGCACCUGAUGCUUCCAGGAAAAUUCCUGUGAAACCUUCGGAGGGGGGAUGCGAAGGCCCUUGAUAUCCUUUCACUUUCAGAGAGGGAGAAGGGGGAGGUUUUUCUUCGUGGGCGGCUGGCUGAGAGCGGAUGAUCCCGAGGAUCUCUUCCUGGCUCAGAAUGUGCGUGUUGCUGAACCCAGAAGCGCGACCAAUGUUGUAACAAGAGCUGUCACCAGCAACGUAACCGGAAGUGUUUCCUGACGUGUAAACAGGGGCUGAAGUUGCUCCAGAUUCGGAAUUCUUGCCAGCCCAAGGCUGAGCUUGGGAAGUGCACGCCGCGGGGCCCUCAAUGCAGCGACACAUGUUUGGCUGCGAUGGACUGAGAGCGGCUUUUGUUACUCCGACAAGCGGAGAGUGGGUUCUUCCCACGGGAUCCAGUCUGUAAAAAAGACCAGGCAAGCUAAACGCUCAGGCUGUUAGGAGGACGAGGCCUGUUAGAGAGGGCCAAUGCUGUCAGUGGCAGUGCGCCGAAUGCUGUCACUCCCUCGGGUUUUACCUUUCCUGGAGACGAGUGAUGGGAAACCACUUUAGAACGUCCGACUCAGAAACGGCUCUGCGUUAUGGUCGGCUUGAGAGGAAAGGGGGUGCUUUUGAAGUCUUGAAAUGCGCGUGGCUGGUAAGAGGAAUGCUGGAGCUUCCAAGACUUGAUGUGAACACUGGGCACACCAGUGGAGUGGAAGGGCUCUCGACAUCAGACAAAAUCCGUCUGUUUGUCUGAUUUUCAGACUCUUUUUUAGGCGUUCCUCUGAUUUUUUAGAAACCUAUUUCUAGA